AUGGCUGGAGAACAACUGAGAUACGACGGUCAAACCGUUGUAGUUACAGGAGCUGGCGGCGGACUCGGAAAGGCUUACGCCGUCUUCUUUGCUUCGAGAGGAGCCAAUGUCGUGGUCAACGAUCUCGGUGGCUCCUUCAAUGGAGUGGGUGGAAGCUCGAGUAUGGCCGACCAAGUGGUCAAGGAGAUCACCCAAGCAGGAGGGAAAGCGGUAGCCAACUACGACGAUGUGGUCAACGGCGAAUCCAUCAUCAAGACCGCGAUCGAUAACUUCGGACGCAUCGAUAUCCUGAUCAACAACGCUGGUAUCCUGCGGGACAUUAGCUUCAAGAACAUGAAGGACCAGGAUUGGGAUCUGAUUAUGAAAGUGCAUGUCAUUGGAGCAUACAAGUGCGCGAGAGCAGCAUGGCCACAUAUGCGAAAGCAGAAGUACGGUCGGGUCAUUAACACAUCGUCGGCUGCAGGAUUGUUUGGCAACUUCGGACAAUGCAAUUACUCUGCUGCUAAGCUCUCGCAAGUCGGCUUUACGGAGACGCUGGCGAAGGAGGGCAGGAAGUACAACAUUCUCUGUAAUGUGAUUGCGCCCAUCGCAGGAUCGAGGUUGACGGCAACCGUGAUGCCGCCUGAGGUGCUGGAGGUGCUGAAGCCGGACUAUGUGGUGCCGCUGGUGGCAGUUCUCGUACAUCCGUCGAACGACGAGAGCGGAGCGAUCUUCGAAGUUGGCGGUGGUCACGUUGCGAAAAUGAGAUGGGAACGUGCAAAGGGCGCGUUGCUUCGCGCUGACGACUCUUUCACACCAGGAGCCCUUCUCAAGAAGUGGGACAAUGUCAGCGACUUCUCCGAGCCAUCCCACCCGGAAGGCCCGGCCAACUUCAUGGAGCUGCUGGAGGACGCCCAAAAGCUGCCAAAGAACCCACCGUCAGAAGACAUCAGCUUCAAGGACAGAGUUGUCCUGAUCACUGGCGGUGGAGCUGGUCUUGGUCGCAUCUACUGCCUGCAGUUCGCCAAGUACGGUGCAAAGGUGGUUGUGAACGACCUGGCGGAUCCCGAGCCAGCGGUGCAGGAGAUCAAGAAGAGCGGCGGGGAGGCCUUUGGCGUCAAGGCCAGCGCAGAGGAAGGCGAUGCUGUUGUCAAGGCCAUCAUUGACAAGUAUGGCCGCAUCGACGUGAUCGUCAACAACGCCGGCAUCCUGCGUGACAAGUCGUUCCAGAACAUGGAUGACAACCUUUUCAACACUGUCUUCAAUGUCCACCUCCGCGGCACCUACAAGAUCAGCAAGGCUGCCUGGCCAUACAUGCUCAAGCAGAAGUAUGGCCGCAUCGUCAACACCACUUCUACGUCCGGCAUCUACGGCAACUUUGGCCAGGCCAACUAUGCGGCAGCCAAGUGCGGCAUCCUGGGCUUCUCUCGAGCGCUCGCUCGCGAAGGACAGAAGUACAACAUCUACGUCAACACCAUCGCGCCAAAUGCUGGCACCAACAUGACUCGCUCCAUCAUGCCCGAGGAGAUGGUUCAGGCGUUCAAGCCCGACUAUGUCGCUCCGAUCGUCCUGCUCAUGUGUUCCGACAAGAUGCCACAGCCAGCCACUGGACGUUUGUUCGAGUCUGGAUCUGGAUGGGCUGCUGAGACCAGGUGGCAGCGCACGGGUGGUGCACUGUUCAACGCCGAUGCUUCGAUGACCCCAGAAGCGGUGAAGUCGAAGUGGAACGCCAUUGUCGACUUUGAUGACGGCCGGGCUGAUCACCCCGAGUCUUCGCAGGAAGCACAAAAUAAGAUCAUGGCUAAUCUGGUCAAGAAAGAGAAAGCUAGCAAGAAGUCUUCCGGUGAGGACGGCAAGCAGUAUCUGGAGGCCAUCGAGAAGGCGAAGCAGGCAAAGGCCGAGGGCUCUGAAUUUGCUUACGACGAGAGAGAUGUCAUACUUUACAAUCUCGGCGUUGGAGCAAAGCGAAAAGACCUCCCACUCGUCUUUGAGAACGAUGAGAAGUUCCAGGUCCUUCCUACCUUCGGUGUCAUCCCACCCUUCAAUGCCGUGGCACCCUUCAGCAUGGCUGACCUCGUUCCCAACUUCAACCCCAUGAUGCUGCUGCACGGCGAACAGUACCUCGAGAUCCGCUCCUCACCUAUCCCUACCGAAGCUGUGCUAGAGACGUUCCCCAAGCUCGUCGAGGUCGUGGACAAGGGCAACGCAGGCAUCAUCGUCACCGGCCAGACCACCAAGGAUAAGAAGACUGGCAAGGAACUCUUCUACAACGAGUCGACCGUCUUCAUCCGCGGUGCCGGCGGCUUCGGUGGCGCGAAGAAGGGUGCGGAUCGCGGCGCUGCCUCUCGUGUCUUCAACCCGCCGAAGCGACAGCCUGACAUGGUUGUCGAGGAGAAGACGACCGAGGAGCAGGCGUGUGUCUACCGGCUGUCCGGUGACCGCAACCCGCUGCACGUGGACCCCGAGUUCAGCAAGGUGGGUGGGUUCGAAGUGCCCAUCCUGCACGGCUUGUGCUUCUUCGGCAUUGCUGGGAAGCACGUCUACCAGAACUACGGCAUGUUCAGGAAUAUUAAGGUGCGGUUUGCGGGCACCGUUCUGCCUGGACAGACGCUGGCUACGGAGAUGUGGAAGGAGGGCAACGUCGUCAUCUUACAGGUUAAGGUCCUCGACACUGGAAAAUUGUGCAUUUCGGGAGCUGGAGCAGAGUUGGUGGAUGGUGGGAACUCGAAGCUGUAA